AGUCGCCUGAACCCCCAGCCUGUGGUUCUCUCCUAGGCCUCAGCCUUUCCUGCCUUUGACUGAAACAGCAGCAUCUUCUAAGCCCUGGGGGCUUCCCCGGGCCCCAGCCCCGACCUAGAACCCGCCCGCCGCCUGCCACGCUGCCACUGCCGCUUCCUCUAUAAAGGGACCUGAGCGUCCGGGCCCAGGGGCUCCGCACAGCAGGUUCUCCCCAUGACACCACCUGAACGUCUCUUCCUCCCAAGGGUGCGUGGCACCACCCUACACCUCCUCCUUCUGGGGCUGCUGCUGGUUCUGCUGCCUGGGGCCCAGGGGCUCCCUGGUGUUGGCCUCACACCUUCAGCUGCCCAGACUGCCCGUCAGCACCCCAAGAUGCAUCUUGCCCACAGCACCCUCAAACCUGCUGCUCACCUCAUUGGAGACCCCAGCAAGCAGAACUCACUGCUCUGGAGAGCGAACACGGACCGUGCCUUCCUCCAGGAUGGUUUCUCCUUGAGCAACAAUUCUCUCCUGGUCCCCACCAGUGGCAUCUACUUCGUCUACUCCCAGGUGGUCUUCUCUGGGAAAGCCUAUUCUCCCAAGGCCACCUCCUCCCCACUCUACCUGGCCCAUGAGGUCCAGCUCUUCUCCUCCCAGUACCCCUUCCACGUGCCUCUCCUCAGCUCCCAGAAGAUGGUGUAUCCAGGGCUGCAGGAACCCUGGCUGCACUCGAUGUACCAUGGGGCUGCGUUCCAGCUCACCCAGGGAGACCAGCUCUCCACCCACACAGAUGGCAUCCCCCACCUAGUCCUCAGCCCUAGUACUGUCUUCUUUGGAGCCUUCGCUCUGUAGAACUUGGAAAAAUCCAGAAAGAAAAAAUAAUUGAUUUCAAGACCUUCUCCCCAUUCUGCCUCCAUUCUGACCAUUUCAGGGGUCACCAACACCUCUCCUUUGGCCAUUCCAACAGCUCAAGUCUUCCCUGAUCAAGUCGCCGGAGCUUUCAAAGAAGGAAUUCUAGGCAUCCCAGGGGACCACACCUCCCUGAACCAUCCCUGAUGUCUGUCUGGCUGAGGAUUUCAAGCCAGCCGAAAGCUGUUGGUGUGUCCCACCAGCUAGGUGGGGCCUAAAUCCACACACGGAGGAAGAGCAGGCACAUGGAGGAGCUUGGGGGAUGACUAGAGGCAGGGAGGGGACUAUUUAUGAAGGCAAAAAAAUUAAAUUAUUUAUUUAUGGAGGAUGGAGAGAGGGGAAUAAUAGAAGAACAUCCAAGGAGAAACAGAGACAGGCCAAGAGUGAAGAGUGAGAGGGCAUGGGCACAAGGCUGACCAAGAGAGAAAGAAGUAGGCAUGAGGGAUCACAGGGCCCCAGAAGGCAGAGAAAGGCUCUGAAAGCCAGCUGCCAACCAGAGCCCCAUACGGAGGCAUCUGCACCCUCGAUGAAGCCCAAUAAACUUCUUUUCUCUGAAA